CCUCAAAUUAGCAUCAACCAUCCUGUUUGGUGCAGGAAAACUAAAGUGUAUAAAACUAGCGAAUACGACCAGAUGAAACAGUUGACUCGCAGCUUCCUUCAUCAACAGACACGAUGAAACUCACAGUCCUCCUCUGUUGCCUGGUUGCCGUUCUCUACACGGUCUCGGCAUUCCCCACUGAUGCUUCACAACCUCCUCCUCUCAAUAACAACAAAGGUUUCCGAGCAGUCAGUGACGCCUUAGACUCCGCUUUAGGCUGGGGAGGUUACGAUGAUCCUAAGCAGAGUAAAGUCCGUGGAGCUCUUCACGCUGCUUACCAUGAAAUUCAGUACCGUAGAACAGGGAACGAGAGGGAACACGAGAGGGCGAAGGAUCAGUGGGGCGUCGUUAGUGGAGGACGACGAGAUAAUCUUCAGCGGUACGAUAAAGAGCAUUAUAGUUCAGGAAAAUAAAAGCAUUAUGUAGAUUAAGCCUAAGAAUAAUAUGUUUAUUGUUCUUAACAAACAUAUAUGAAUUAAGUUUAAGUUACACUUUUGAUAUUGGUAAAACUCAUUUUAAACUAGGUUAUAAACAAAUCUGACUGAUCUGAUAAAUAUUAUGUAAGUUAAUAAAUAUUUAUCUUCUU